AUCGCGUCUAUUUUGGUCCGUCGCGUCUAUUUUGCUCCAUCACGUCUUUUGAUCGUCUAAUUCUCGUCACUUUUGACCCUUGGUAGCCAAAACUUCGUCUACAACUCAGUUGGAGAAUGAUGUUCUCGUCAACUCAUCAUCUGGCACUCUUUACCUGUACGGCAGUACUAUUCUUCCGCAUAGCACUGUUCAUAUGUACAGUGCACCAUACGUUCAACGCUAGCUACCACAGACACUGGAUAAUUUCUCUCUGAGUGGUAAUAAUAAUUGAUGCCAGCUGUAUUCCUUUGUUGACUGCAAAGUCUGCUCAGCAGACCAACAAUUGAUAGUGGAGCAAAUUACUCCAUUUAGCCUCUGCUUCACUUUCUUCUUCUUCGUCUUCGUCUUCUCUCUUUUCUCUUCCGCAGCUUCUCCUCUUCAACUCCGAUUGUUUGGCCGGCACAUGUGGGCAACGUCGUCGGGGUUGUCUCGUCAUCGGAAUUUCAUCGCUGAAUUCGUCUCGUCAAGAGUUACUCUGGUCAAACGAGUUCGGCAGCGUGAUUGAAGGGUUGAAGCAUCUCCAAAAGGACUCACUGAAGAGAAAACGAAGAAAGAGUGGAUUGAAAAUGUGUAGCCCAACAAUUGUACUGGAUAAAAUUGUAGAGAAAAUUGUUGACAAAGUAUUCGAACCAGUGGGGCGUCGUCUCAGUUAUCUUUUUCAUUACAAGCAGAAUAUGAAGGAUCUUGAAGUUGAGAUGAAUAAGCUUCAAAAGCGGAGAACAACCAUUAAAGGACAAAUUGAUGAAGCCAAGACUAGCGGUGAUGUUAUUCUUGAUAAUGUUUCAGAGUGGCUAAAUGGAGCAGAAAGGCUGAGACAAGGAGUUGACACGUUUAUGGAGGAAAAAACUGUCAAGGAAAACGUUCAGUGCUUUAAAUUUUCAUGUCCUAACUUCAUCUCAUGGUACAAGCUAAGCAAAGAAGCCGAAAAGAAGAUGGGCGAUGUGAGAAGUCUCUAUGAGGAAGGAAACUUUGGUACAAAUAUCGCACGCCGUGCACCACCUCCUCCAGAACUACAAUUUCCAUCCAGCGGGGCAUACAUCAGUUUUGAUUCAAGAGAAUUGGUUUUCAAGAGGAUCAUGGAGGCAUUAACAGAUUCCAAGGUUAAUGUGAUUGGGGUAUAUGGAACAGGAGGGGUGGGUAAGACGACAAUGGUCGAAAGGGUUGGCGAACAAGUGAAAAAAGAUGGACUUUUUGAUGAAGUCGUGAUGGCAGUUGUCUCUCAGGAUGUAAAUGUGACCAAAAUCCAAGAGGUACUCGCUGACCGUUUGGGUCUAAAACUGGAAGCGAAAACUGAAGUGGGGAAAGCAUAUGAACUCUGGAAUAGAUUGAACAAUGGGAAGAGAAAUCUUGUAAUAUUGGAUGAUACUUGGAAAAAAUUGAACUUGAAGGAAAUAGGUCUUCCUAUCACAGAUGGAAACGAAAGUUGCAAAGUUGUUCUAACAUCACGAAACCAACGUGUCUUCAAAGAUAUGGACGUUCAUAAAGAUUUUCCAAUCGAAGUGUUGUCGGAGGAAGAGGCGUGGAACCUAUUUAAGAAGAAGAUGGGAAAUAGUGGCGAGUCCAAUGAUCAACUUCAUGACAUAGCAAAUGCAGUUUGUAAAGAGUGUCAAGGCUUGCCAGUUGCUAUACUUGCAGUUGCAACUGCAUUGAAAGACAAGAGUAUGGAUGACUGGAAAAGUUCACUAGAUAAACUUCAAAAGUCCAUGCUAAAUGACAUAGAGGAUAUUGACCCGAAUUUGUUUAAGUCUUUAAAGUUGAGCUAUGAUUACUUAAAAUCGAAGGAUGCAAAAUCGUGCUUCUUGCUCUGCUGUUUGUUCCCAGAAGAUGCCCAGGUUCCAAUUGAGGAGUUGGCAAGUCACUGCUUGGCGAGGAGGUUGCUUUGUCAAGAACCGACCACAUUGGAAAAAGCAAGAGUUAUUGUAUGUUCAGUGGUUAAUACCCUCAAAACUAGUUGUUUGCUUUUAGAUGGCAAAAACGAUGAUUUUGUGAAAAUGCAUGAUAUCGUGCGAGACGUUGCUAUUUUAAUAGCAAAAGAAGAGAAAGCAUUUCUAGUCAAACAUGGUGUCGAAGAGUGGCCAGAGACGGGGACUUGCAAGAAAUACUUGGCAAUCUCAUUAAGGUCCGAAACUAUUAGCGAGCUUCCUGAUGAGUUGGUAUGUCCGGAACUCCACACUUUAAUGCUGGGAUGUAGCAGCAAUAAAUUUGAGCGCGAUACUAAAAUUCCGGACAGGUUUUUUAGAGGGACAGAGAAACUUAUGGUUUUGGAGUUGGACAAUGUAAGCAUGUUGCCACUACCAUCUUCACUUCGACAAUUGACGGAACUUCGAAUGUUUUGCCUAAAUGAAUGCAAGUUGGGAGAUAUAGCUAUACUCAAGUGUCUCAAGAAUAAGCUUGAAGUACUUCGACUCCGAGGUUCUGAUAUAAAGGCGUUGCCACCUGAGGUAGGAGAGUUAACUCGUCUUCGGUUGUUAGAUCUGGGGCAUUGUAAAGAGCUCAAUGUGAUUCCAAAUGGUGUCAUAUCCAAAUUAUACCGGCUUGAAGUACUACGUUUCCCACGUGGCUUCGAGAAUUGGGAGGGCACAACAGGCAAUGAGGAAAUAAGCAAAGUGAGCCUUGACGAGCUAAUGCCAUUGACUCUGUUAUCGACAUUAGAUAUUCACAUACCACAUCCCAGGAUGUUGCCUAGAGACCUUGAAUUUCAGAAUUUGAUCAGAUUUAAUAUUACAGUGGGUGCCACACGAUACUACGAUAGCGAAGAUUAUUCAGAGGUGGUGCUUAGGGGCAUUGACAUUGAUGAUGAUUUCAACAUCUUGGAACGCCUACUUGGCAAACCUGGAAGAGGUGGACUAUACCCAUCAAGAUCCUUCAAUAACUUAACUCAACUAUACCUUGACGAUUGCAGGUUGAAAUAUCUCUUCUCCCCCUCCUGCGCAAGAGAACUUCUGCAACUCCAAAGUCUACAAAUAUGGGAAAGUGAGAUCAUGGAAGCGGUAAUUGGAAAUGAAGGAGAAAAGGAUGAAGAAAUAAUCGCAAAUGUUAUAAACUUCAGUAAAUUGAAAUCUUUGAAGUUGCAUGGACUACCACGCCUCAUAAGCUUCUAUCCUCGGAUAAAGAAGGCAACAAUAAUCGAGAGUCAUUAUUUUCCACCUACACAGUCUCUCUUUAAUGCAAAGGUAAGCUUCGUCAACAUUACAUUUAUAAGCAAUGUUACGGUAAAACCACAAUUAGGUACUAUGUGAUGUGUCAUAAUUGCAUUGGUAGAAAAAUUCUUUGUUUCUUUUUGGUAAAUAGGAAAAAAGAGAUCAUAUUCUUCACUCUCUUUUUUUUUGCCUUAAUCAUGUAAUUAAUUAUCGAGAAUAUCCUUGGCUCUUAAAACCACCGCUUGGAAAUUAUUGCAAUUUGAUACAAUUAUAUUCUACACACUACUACAAUAAUAGAUAUGCGUCACACUAAGGAGAUUCACAAAGAUCACGGUUUUCAGUAAAGCGUGAUAAAAAAUUGUGCUUAAAAUUUUUUAUCUCAGUUUAAGUCCAAAGCUGAGAUAAAAAGUGGGUUUUAGCGCGAAAUAAAAGAUCUCGCUUUUGUGGCGAGAUAAAAGAAAAACAACCUCAUCCUUGCGGCGUGAUAAAAGAUUUUAGGG